UCUCUCCCCUCCCCUAUGGCUAUCUCUCUCUCUCCUGUCUCUCUCCCUCUCUCUCUCUCUCCUGUCUCUGUCUCUCUCUCUCUCCUCUCUCUCUCUCCCUCUCUCCUGUCUCUCUCUCUCUGUGUCUCCUGUCUCUCUCCCUCUCUCUCUCCUGUCUCUCUCUCCUCUCUCUCUCUCUCUCUCUCCUGUCUCUCUCCCUCUCUCUCUCCUGUCUCUCUCCCUCUCCCUCCCUGCCUGCAUGUCUGCCUUUCUCUCUCCCUGCCUGUCUCUUUCUCUCUCCCACAGCAGUCUCUCUCUCUCCCUCCCUACCUGUGUGUCUGUCUGUCUCUCCCCCCUCCCCCCUGCAUCUCUCUCCCCCCCCCACAUCUCUCUCUCUCUCCCUGUCUCUCUCUCUCUCUCCGCCCCCCCCCCCCCACACCUGUCUGUCUCUCACUCUCUCCGUCUGUCUGUCUGUCUCUCCCUCAUUUUCCCUCAGACGAUCCAACUUUCACCAAACAGCCGAGUGAAGAGUGUGGUGUCGAGGGUUUUGUUUCGUUUGGAAGUUGGAUGCUGUGCAUCAGUGUCGAACCAGAAGCCUGUUUUUGUAGGCCCCAGAGCCUCUCGGACAGAUGGUGGCCAUGGACAGGGACACGAACAGGAGGGAAACCGAAAGCCGAGACGCAGAGAAUGCCAAUGACAGCCCGCCGCCGGUUUCCCCGAGCCUGGUGCCGCACCGUUCUGAUGACAGCCUUCCAGCUGGUGACGGGCAUCGGUUUCCAAACGCCGCAUCGCGCUCCAGGGAGGUGCCAGGUCUUCACCCGCCAGAUAACCACGUUUUCUGUGUGGAGAUACAAGCUCUGGAAGUGGGGCGACUCGUUCCUUUUCUGACCCAGAAGGCGGCGGAGGUCUGGAGUCCUCAUCAUGUGAAAAUGCCCUUUUCAAACCGCAGCGUGCAGUCCAAGACAAGAGCAGGAGUGUAUCGUACAGCGGUGAAACGCUGGGAUGUAAUCAAAGGAGUUCUGGGCAAGGCCAAGUUUGAAUCCUCGAAGGAUUUGGAGUACGCUAUUAAAGAGUACAAUCAGAAAUACGCCCAUCUCUGGAAUUUCUCAGGACUCCAUGAAUACUUCCAGCAGAUGCGCAGUGCAGAACGAGAGUGUACACUGAGAUGUCUGCUCCCAGACAUGGCGAAGCUGGCCCUGAAGUUGCCAGAGCUGUGCUCCAAGUCCAUCCCUCUCUUGAGGCGAGGAACUCCCCAGGCCGUUAGCAUGUCCCAGGAGCAAAUCUCCUGCCUCCUGGCAAACGCUUUCUUCUGCACUUUUCCCCAUCGCAACAGCAAGCAGUCCAACUCGGAGUACAGCACGUUCCCGGAUAUCAACUUCAGCAGGCUGUUUGGAAACCCGUCACCGAGGCUGAUUGAAAAGCUGAAGACUAUUUUCUGCUACUUCAGCCAGGUGACACAAAGCGUUCCCUUUGGACUGGUGACAUUCCAAAGAUGUUGCAUUCCAGAACCGAUUCAAUGGAAGAGUUCCACAUACAAGCUGACCAACCUGACGGUCAAAACCGAGGGGAGGAUCGAGGAGGCAGGCGAAGGUGUACUACAGGUGGAUUUUGCCUCCCCGUUGGUGGGAGGAGGGGUGCUGAGCUCCGGCCUGGUCCAGGAGGAGAUCCGCUUCCUCAUCAGCCCGGAACUGAUCGCGGCUCGUCUCUUCACUGAGAGACUGUCUGACACCGAGUGCCUGGUCAUUACCGGCUCGCAACUCUACAGCAAAUACGACGGGUACAGCAACUCGUUCAGGUGGAUGGGAGUGCACAUCGACAAGACCUCAAGGGACCUGUGGCUCAGACGCCGGACAGAGGUCGUGGCCAUCGACGCCAUUAACUUCCGAGACCCCGCAGAGCAGUACACAAUUCACAAUCUGGACAGGGAGCUGCACAAGGCCUACUGUGGGUUUUCUAAUGCACACCGGGUGGUGCCCGCCUGGCAGAAUACUCCCGUCGCCACGGGCAACUGGGGCUGCGGAGCUUUCCAAGGCGAUGCGAAGCUUAAAGCUCUCAUCCAGAUCAUGGCCGCCGCCCAGGCGGAAAGGGACGUGAUCUACUUCACUUUCGGGGACGUUGCCUUGACAGAACGCCUCCGGGCGGUGCACACGUUUCUGCGGAACGCCAACUGCACAGUGGGACAACUUUACAGCAUAUUGGAGAGGUACACGAGGAAAGAAGUGGGGCAUCGCAGAGAUCUGUACGAGUGUAUUCACGCAAACUGUUUGAAGGGUCGCAUCUGAUGGCUGGGACUGGAGAGGGGAUGCCAGAGACGGAACGUGCCAGUCAGACCAACAGAGCCUCGUGGACGUACUCAGCCCUCACAUCGAUUCAGGCGCAGAAACCGUCAAACUCAGCGGCUGCAAACGUUCCAGUUAAGAAAUCCUAAAUCAUCCUCGAACGGGCCUGAAGAGGGGUUUUGGACAGGGACGUAAAGCUGUCAGCUCUUGCGGGAUCCUCGGUACUUGUCCCACUGUUUUUCUUCUGUCUCUUGCGACAAAUUGUGCACAAAGUGAAUUUCUCUGAAUCUUUUCUGUUUCAAAUUGCACACAGGGAUUAAAUGCAGAUAAAGUUAAA